CCCAGUUAAACGUAGUGUACGUUAGGAUAUAGGAGUGAAUCUAGAGCCUGGACCGACGCUUUAACUUUCGACCAGAGCCAUCUCUUUCUUCAGGUCUCUAGUUAACUAGGGGUGACACCAUGGAUAGGACGCGUGUGCACCCCUCAAAGUCACCACAUUCUGCAUGGAACCGCUACAUGGACGAGGAAAUCGCACGCAAAAACAACGAUGCCAUUUAUAACAAAGUCUACAACAAUAGUAUGAAAGAGUACUACAGGAAGCAAGCGCAACAACGGUCUAAGCAACGCAUGAAUGACAUCAAACGAAACGAUGCGAAGCAACGCAUGUAUGAUGCUAUCCGUAAACAGGAACUUGAAUCGCAUCGGAAAUGGAUACAGGAGCAGGAUGAAUCAAGGUCUAGGAAUGAAGUCAACAAAGCCCUAAAGAGACAGCAAGAUAUUAGAGCCGAGCUAGUUGCAGACCAGUUCUGGAGGCCUAAACAUGAGGAAAUCGAGCAAAAUCGCAAUAUUAGAGGUUCUAGGAACGCCAUGUUGGAGUAUGACCUGUCCGAUCGAUUAAACGACGAAGGGCGUUGGGCCGAAAUUCUUCUCAACCAAAAAUACAGAGAAAAGGACAAACAAAAGCAUGAACGUCACCAUGACUUUUGGCUUUCGGAUAUUCUUGGCCUACAGAAACGCCGUGAUUUCGAGGUAGAACGUCUGGCCCAACAGCGCGAGGAUCGCAAAGAACGCCAAAAAGAACGCCUGAACAACCUUUAUGCUGAACAUCGUCGGUUGGGUGUAAGUCAGCGUGAGGUUAAAGCGAGAGACCAGGAGAGAUUAAGACGCAUAUACCAAGACGCCUCUGAUACGGAACUCGGGAUGCAAGACGUGGAACGUCGCUACGAUCUACAACAGCGACGACUUCACGAGUUGGCGCUGGAUAACACUCGCAUCAACUCUGAGGUAAUGUCAUUGGGAGAAAGGCUCAGGCGACAGGCAAUUCUGAACACUGGGUACGUUGAGCCCAUACCUAGAGUACGAAGAGCAGUUAGUUGGUACGUGUGAAGCAAACCCUUCUCAUACCUAUGAUUAUUUCUUUGAACGACCUUCUUUGAAACCAAGCAGCAAAUCAACAAGCUGCUUUCAUAGGAGACCCUUACUCUGCAGUUAUAGUAACCACAAACAUCCCCAAAACGAACUCAAUUUGAGAUAUUUCGUACUGUGUGUUUGACUGAGUGCUAUAAUGUGGAGAAGCAUAUAAAGAAUGUAAACGAAUAUUCAGUGUCAGUCCUGGAUGUGCCAGUCCCAAGUAGAAAUCAACUCCAAAUAGACACUUACUAGUAUAGAAAGAAACAUGUUACACCAAUUAAAUCAGCAAAAUUGCUUCUCUGGGAGAAUAAGAGCUACGUGUAUCUCCUUCAGUUUAGUACAAU